CCUUAGUUAGACCCCCUUCGGUGGUGCGAAUAGUUGAAUCCCUAGCCAGAGUCCCGAACGGGCCUCCCCUUUACUAAAUGACCGGCUUGCCACAGCAGCGACAACAAGAGCAGCAUCCAACGCUGCUUUUCCCACCCUUUCAUUCUCGUUCUCAGACAACACUAACGAACGUAAAAGGGAAAAGGUUGCUUCAGCAGAGGGCAAGGAGCAUACCCAAAGCUGUUUGGGGGUUGUCGAGAACCCAAGGAAACUAUUAAUAUUCAAUCCACAGCUAGAAGACGCCUUGCUUACUCGUCACUCGCACAUCGACUGACGUUUGCUUCGCUCGCUUCCUUCGGCUCCUCGAGGUAUCACUCAACAACACUCACUCGAGAUCACACUUCAGCUCUCCAUUGCUAGCUAGUAGUUCCGUCGCCUAUUGAUUGAUUGAUUGAUUGAUUGGUUGGUUGAUCGACCCCCAAUAAACCAUGGAGAACCGAGCGAAAUCACGUGGAAAGUCACCACCUCGGGGAGAAUCGGAUGUGGAAUGGGUGCAGCAAGCGUUGGCGGGCUUACAACUUCCACGCAUGCCUCAGGCUCCCUUUCACCCAGAAAACCCAGAACAGUCGAGUUCCUCAACAAAUCCAACUAUCCGCAUUCUCUUGGUGUCUGAUAUCGAUCUUCCGUCGGCAUCAGCUUUGGCAGAGUACACCUUGCUGCAGAAUAAUCAAGUUUUUGAUGCCUCCCGCAUUGACUUGUGUAUUGCCUGUGGUCCCUUUUGCCGAGACGAAGACCUGUUGCCGUAUCUGAGAGGGAAGCAACGGAAACGAUUACAGGAUCUCUUGGAAGACGAGAGAAAGCGCAACAACAAACAGCAACUCAACGGGGGAAAUAGGACAUCGCCUGCUUGGUCUUCCGUCUUUUUCCGAUCCAGAGAAGAGACGGCUGCUUUGGAGGGGCUAGUCACUGCUGCCAUCUCCCAACUGGAGAGUAUUGUCUGUCGGGUCGUCUUUUGCCCUGGAAAUACAGACCCUCUCACAACCAGUACUAGCGCAGAAGACCUUCGCUUUACACCCAAUUCACGGAAUAUUCAUAGACAGUGGUUGCCUCUGGCGCCUGGUCUGGGAUGCGCUGGGUUGCUCUUUCUAGAUGCGCCAAAUGGGGUCCUGCAGAUGACUCCUCCUCGAGGACGGAGGUUGAACCAACCGCUUGACUAUGACAGCGACGAAGAAGUGGAUGGGGAACGGUAUAGUGACCACAAUUACUCGAAUAGGCACGGAGACAGAAAGACUAGAGGAAAGGGAAACACGUUACGAUUGACGAGAGUUCAUGGUAACGAUGGAAUGGGUUCGGACAACUACUUGCAGACGUUAGAACGCCUCAUUCAAAAUGCACCGAACCCUCAGCCAAACUACCCGUUUGGAACCAAACUUUCCCAAACAAUCCUUGUCACUCAUUACUUUCGACCGCCCGUCGAAGAACGGGAAGACGAUGGAUCCGAAGACAACAAUGUAUAUGGCCAGUACCGAAGCAGCGAAGAUGAAACAUACUAUGAUGUGAUGAAUGGCGGUGACGACAGGGUGGCUAACGUGAGCCAGGACUCGGGUGAUGACUGUAGCGACGACGACAAUGACAAUGACAACAACAACAACCAGAAAGGUUGCGACCAGGUGCCAAAACCCUGGCCGCCGGAUCAUUCCAAUUUUGUAGGCUCCUCCUUGGUGCAAGAACAUUUGGCCUUGGAGAUUGCUAGUGGCGGAGGUGUGUCACAACGACCUAAAGAGGUACAAAAGGGCAAUGUGCGAAUAGUGAUACCGGGUUCAUUGCGGGAGCGGGGAGAGUUUUGUUUGGUCGACAUGUCUCUGGUGGAGCAAGCGGUCAAGAAGAAUAUGACUACAGCAGCGUCGUCACCUCCCGCAAAGAAGAUAAAACCAACGUUUGCCUGGAGGGUAGGAAGUGUGGAGUUCCACAACAUGGAGCGGUUGCCCUAAUAGAAAUUAGCACUCUUCCUUGGUUAAAAACGAACACAAUCGUACCUGUGGCUCGUGUGUUUGCUUGGCACUAUGCUUUAGUCGCCGUUCGCUUGAACGGAGUGCCGUACCGGUACCGUAGUCUAGCCUGUACUACUUGUGGACCCAA